AUGCUUUCCAAGCGGACCGCCCAUGCUCCUUCGGACCCAUUUUCCAGGUACCGGGCGACCAAGGCGUCAGCCGUCCGGUCUCGCCGGACUCGCGAUAGUUCCAGCUCCGGGGGCUCGCGCCGACCAGCAUUGGAGCGCCGUCGUAGACCAGAGAGACCUGGGGGGUUAGAGUGUCCGCCUGAUGGCCUCACCCCCUCUUCUCCCAUCGUAAUGCUCCGUGUCGGGCCCGGACAACGGCUCUUCGCCGCCCAUGAAGCCAUCCUCACCACUUCGCCUUUCUUCGCCGCCCAAUGCGCCGCGCAGCCCAUCAGCCCGCCCUCCCGCGCGCAUCCCAUCCCCCAUCCCACCAAGCAGAUCGACCUCCCCGAUGAGCAACCCGAAGUCCUUUCGUGCGUCCUCGAGUUCCUCUACAAGGGAGACUAUUACCCGCGCCUUCGCCACAACUCCCAACGCCGCACAUGGGAGCUCGAAGACGCCGCCCUCGACGCGGAGCGCCUCAGCCCCGGUGCCACCAUCUGGCACCACGCAGUCGGCGACGUCGUUCUGCGCGACACAGCCGUCUAUUGCGCCGCACACAAAUACGCCCUCCCGACCCUCCAGCGCCUGGCGCUCCGCAAGCAGGGCCUCCACACUGGCAUCCAGUGCGCGACGAUUCUGGCCAGCGCGCGCUAUGCCUACGCGCAUACGCCUGACUCCGAGUCCAGACUGCGGGCGCACUACCUGGCGAUGAUUAUCCGGUGCCGGGGCACAUUCAAGCGCAGCGGGACGAUGCAGAUGGAGAUGGAGCGCGGCGGGAGGUUGUUUUUUGACCUGUUCGUGGCGAUGUGUAAUCAUAUGGUGAGUCCCCGGCUUCCCCCUUCCACCGGAGUUCCGUAUGUCUUUGUGGGGUUUCGGGCUCGGUUUGAGAGGGGCGUGGGGAAUUGA